CAAGUCAGCUGACCAAGUCUUGUGAUAGCUAAACGCAGCUAAACGAGCUAAAAGCUAAACUGGCUCUGGGUAAACUGACGACGACUGAGGACUGAGGACUGAGACUCGCCCGAGUGUUGGAUUUUACGUGUGUCAGUACUACAAUCCUAUUUCUUUUAUCGAAAUAGUAAAAAAAUAAAAAAAAGUAAUAAUGUCAACUCUACAAAAAAUAGUUAACGAGCAUCGUGAAGGAAAAUUUGGAUAUGUUUACGCAGUAUCUGGACCCGUCGUUACGGCGGAAAAAAUGUCUGGAUCAGCGAUGUACGAAUUAGUACGUGUCGGUUACUACGAAUUGGUUGGAGAAAUAAUUCGUCUAGAAGGUGAUAUGGCGACAAUUCAAGUAUACGAAGAGACAUCAGGUGUGACAGUGGGUGAUCCAGUGCUACGAACUGGUAAACCCUUGUCUGUUGAAUUAGGUCCAGGUAUUCUUGGAAGUAUUUUUGAUGGUAUCCAGCGUCCACUUAAAGACAUAAACGAACUUUCUGGGUCAAUUUAUAUUCCUAAGGGUGUAAACAUACCUUCACUAUCACGUACCGCUUCGUGGGAAUUUAAUCCACUUAAUAUUAAAACUGGUAGCCAUAUGACAGGUGGUGAUUUGUAUGGUAUUGUUAAUGAAAAUACUUUGGUUAAACAUAAAAUGCUUUUACCACCAAAAAGUAAAGGAACAGUAACUUAUAUUGCACCUGCUGGUAACUAUACAGUUGAUGAUGUUAUUUUAGAAACAGAAUUUGAUGGUGAAAGAAAUAAAUAUACCAUGUUACAGGUGUGGCCAGUACGUCAACCAAGACCAGUAACUGAAAAAUUACCAGCAAAUCAUCCUUUAUUAACAGGACAACGUGUCUUAGAUUCAUUGUUUCCAUGUGUACAAGGUGGAACAACAGCUAUACCUGGUGCUUUUGGUUGUGGUAAAACUGUAAUAUCACAAGCAUUGUCGAAAUAUUCAAACUCAGAUGUUAUUAUUUACGUUGGUUGCGGUGAACGUGGUAAUGAAAUGUCCGAAGUACUGCGUGAUUUUCCAGAGUUGACUGUUGAAAUUGAUGGAGUAACUGAAUCAAUUAUGAAACGUACCGCAUUGGUUGCAAAUACAUCAAACAUGCCGGUAGCUGCUCGAGAGGCUUCUAUUUAUACGGGUAUUACUCUGUCUGAGUACUUCCGUGAUAUGGGUUACAACGUUUCAAUGAUGGCUGACUCAACUUCUCGUUGGGCUGAAGCUCUCAGAGAAAUUUCUGGACGUUUGGCUGAAAUGCCUGCUGAUUCUGGUUAUCCUGCUUACCUUGGUGCACGUCUUGCUAGUUUCUAUGAACGUGCUGGAAGAGUUAAAUGUCUUGGUAAUCCUGAUCGUGAAGGAUCAGUAAGUAUUGUUGGUGCAGUAUCACCACCUGGUGGUGAUUUCUCAGAUCCAGUUACCAGUGCAACACUGGGUAUUGUUCAAGUAUUCUGGGGUCUUGACAAAAAAUUAGCUCAGCGUAAACAUUUUCCUUCUAUAAAUUGGUUGAUUUCGUACAGUAAAUAUAUGCGUGCUCUUGAUGAUUUUUACGACAAAAAUUUCCAAGAAUUUGUGCCACUACGUACUAAGGUAAAGGAAAUUUUACAAGAAGAAGAAGAUCUUUCAGAAAUUGUACAAUUAGUUGGUAAAGCAUCACUUGCUGAAACAGAUAAAAUAACUUUGGAAGUUGCUAAAUUGUUGAAAGACGAUUUCUUACAACAAAACAGUUACUCAUCAUAUGAUCGCUUCUGUCCAUUCUACAAAACAGUUGGUAUGUUACGUAAUAUGAUUGCAUUUUAUGAUAUGGCUAGACAUGCCGUUGAAUCAACAGCACAAUCUGAUAACAAAAUAACAUGGAAUGUUAUACGUGACAGUAUGGGAAAUAUAUUAUAUCAAUUGAGCUCUAUGAAAUUUAAGGACCCAGUUAAAGAUGGUGAGGCUAAAAUAAGAUCAGACUUUGAUCAAUUGCACGAAGAUAUUCAACAAGCCUUCAGAAAUUUGGAGGAUUAAAUUAUUUUUGUUGAUCCAUAUAAAAAUCACUAUUAACAAAAAUAAUAAUAAAUAUAUAUUUAUAAUUUAAUUGAUCAAUUUUAAAAAUAAGUUAAGUGAAUGUAUACAAGUGAGAAAUUAUAAAUCAAUCUUAAUUAUUAUUUAAUAAUGAUAAUAAUAAUUUUUUAAAACUUGAAUUUACAUUAUUCGUAAAAAAAAAGUAAACUCACUUCUAUACAAUAACUAUAAAAAAAUAUUAUUAUUUAAAUUUGUUUAAGAUGCCAGUUGUUUAGGGUCGUUCCAAUAAACCGGCAUACAAUAAUUAUCAUUCAAAAUAUUAAUUUUUUAAAUCUAAAAAUAAUUAUAAUAUUAAUAAUAUUAAAAUGCAUUCCGGAUAUUUUAAUAACGUGUGUAGAUUAAAGUAAAAUGGUAAAUUAACGAUUCCACCUGAUGCCUCGAUUCAAAAUAAUGAUAAAAAAAUUAUUGUAUAUAUUGACUAUGAAAAAUUUUAUUUAAAAUUAAAUAUUUUAGAGGCUAAUUUAUUCAUCGUUUGUGAAUUUUUAUUUUUUUUUUGGUAAUUUAAUUGAUGAUAAUAGUUAUUAAUCGAGACAAUAAAUAAUAAUAUAAUAUAAUAAAGGUGGAACGUCCUUAAACGCACUAUGAGCUGGUAAUCAUGUGCAACAAUAUCAAUUUUAAAAAAGUUUAAAUAUAAAAAUAUUGUUAAAUAUAUUUCUUAUACUUUGAGAAAUUAUUAAUUAAUUUAAUCGGUUACGUUUUGGUUGUAAUUGAAAAUAACGAAAGAAAAUUCAUAUACAAGUUUUAAAAUUUAAAUAAAUAUUAAACAAUAAAUAAAUCAAUGGAAAGUAUAAACGUUAAAAAUAAUAAAUGUUUCGAAACAGCUUUCCCUAUAAAUUAAGUAUUAACAUUGUAUCAUAUUACGUUAAUAGUGUAGAAUUUAAAUAAAACAAAUAAUAAUAAUAGUAAUAAUAAUAAUAAUGUUGAUACGUUUAAAGAAAGAAAUAUAAGUAUAAAGUAUGCUUGAUGCUGUCCAAGGUGCUGGUUCUUGUCAUCUAUAUAAUUCAAUUAUUAUUAUAUUAAUACAAAGUAAAGUUAAAAAAAAAAAAUGUUAAUUCACCAGCGCUUGUAUUAUUUCCAUUGUACGAUAUGUAAAAAAGAAAAUAAUAAAUCGAGUAAAUAAACAAAA